GGACUCCUUCGUGAGUUUCUCCAAGCGCUUGGGAAACAACCAGGAUGUUAGGAGGCCGAUUGCUCACAUUGUAGGAGACUUGCCGCCGCCAGCUGAUGGUCCAAACCUACUGUCUUUGCGCGAGGUUCGGUCGCUGUUCAAUGCAGCAGGUGGUGCUCUACAGCACCUGCUGAAUCAACAGGAGGAAGGUCUUGCAAGCCCGGAGAAUAUGGAGAUGGAUGCCGCGCUUCUCCCCAAUUUUAUGGAGCAAUGGGCGAUGGAUCCUUCAACUCUACAGUCCUUCGGAGGACAUUGGGAGACUGGUGAGGUCAUUCCUGACCACCUCUUGCAGGCGAUGAAAGCCCAGGCCAAGCAUGGAGCAUUGGAUCUCUUCCAGAAAGUUUCCUGGGCUCAACUUGAUUUGGAACUUCACUCACAGGAUCUCAGUGAGGAUGGGAUCGAUGGGAUCUUGGAAGUGGCUCGCGCCCAACUGGCCAGUGAGGAGAUUGCCUCAGUGCUGCCAGAUUUCAACGAUGCUGUGGAAGAAGGCCUGUGCAAUUUCCAUGGGCCUUUCUCCACUGGCUUUGCUGCUGGUGAGUAUGUGAGGAUAUGGAAGGAGGUUUUGGUGGCUGAUCUGUUUGAGGCCUUCCAGAACCAGGAUGGCGAUGUCUCCACGGGGAAGCGGAUGCGGGAGCUUUUCUUAGCACCUGGCGCUGAUGUGUCGCCAACGGCUUUGGUUCGUGAGCUUCGUGGUCGUGGUCCCAAGGUGGGGCCCUUUCUGAAGCAGCUUGGGCUGAGCCGGUUAAAAGUCUUGCGCCUUGCCUCAGUGACCCACAUGAAGAUGUCCUGUCCGCAGAUGCUUGGCAAAGAACGCUGUGACUUGGUGAAGUGUUGCAGCCAGGCUCGAGCUCGAGGCCGGCUUCUCCAGCUUGCCAAAGUUGCUGAGGAGAAGAGGUCGCAGCAGACCUUUGCGGUGCUAUGUGUGGAUGAAGGAACUUGGCCACAGGAUGUGAUGAAAGUGGACGCAGGUUGUGCCUUAAAAUUGAUGUCCAGGUGUAAAGGAGUCACUCGAGCGUGCUUGAUGGCUGACUUGGAUGCAGAGGCCUUGCGAUCCAUCCGCGAAUGUUUUGAGAGGCUGCUGGCCGUUUCAGAGUCGAUCAUUGGGGUCACCGCAGAUUUGGGCAAUCUGUGGCUGAAGCAUCACUCAGCCAUCCGGGAAGUGAUCUCAGAGCGGCCCGUCUACUUGACGCCCAUCGUCCAGUUGCCCAUGAUCUCGGCUUCAUUCAAAAGUCGGGAGCAGACCCUGUUGGUGACAUGGGGUUCCCAAAAGGAGGUGGAGAUGUUGAAACCCACCUUUUGCUCGGGCUGCAACAUUGUGAUGGAUCUGGAUCGUCUUGAAAUCCUGGGUGUGGAUGUUUCCCAGGAUGCCCGCUGGGCACGAUAUUUGAACUUCGACACAAACACAGAUGAAGACAUGGCUCUGGGUUCAGGGUUGCUUCAGAUGGUCAAAGACCGCAUCUCGGAAGUCAACGUGCAGGGCAAGAAGGACAUGUUGAUCAAGAGCCUUAUUGUGACGACCCGGUUGAGCAUGUUCAGCAACCUCCUGCGUGAAGGGACAGGUCUCCCUGUGUUCAAUGAGCUCACGAUGUUGAACUUGUUUUCAUCUGCGUCAUCUUUGAGCCACUUCAACGAUGCCAAAGUUCUGUGUCGCUUGAGUGACAAACUUGCGCGAUCUCCAGCAAAGAGCCCCGGGGUGUCACCAGGAGGCUGCAAGUUGGGACUCUUGCAACUGGAAUACGAAUAUCCCCCAGCAUUUGGAGAUGUGGAUCACCCAGGCACCUUUGGCUUCAAAACUUGCCCGCGCAUUGUGAAGGGCUUGACUUUCGAGAAGGCUCAAGAAGGAUCCUUUGACCAAAACAUUCUGGAAGAGAUGAGUUGUGAGAUCAAGAAGUUGGAAGAGGAGGGUGUGGUUGGCAUUACCGGUAACUGUGGCUUCAUGAUGUAUUAUCAAUGUUUUGCUCGUCACAUCGCCAAAGUUCCAGUUUUCAUGAGUGCCUUGAUCCAGGCAGCAACUAUGGCAGCAGCCAUGGAACCAGCAGAGAGGGUGUUGAUCCUCACGGCGAAUGCAGCCACGUUACAACCGGGAAAGGACAAGCUGCUGUUAGAAAGCGGCAUUCAGGUGACCAACUCCGAGAAAUUUCUCAUUCGAGGCUGUGAGCAGCUAGCAGGCUUUGAUGCUGUUGCCAAUGCAGAGAGGGUCGAUACGAUCCGAGUGCAAAAUGCCAUCAGCAACUAUGUCUUGGAAAUUCUGAAGGAAGAGAAUUCACGUCAGGACUAUGGUGCGAUCAAGAUGGUGUUGUUGGAGUGUACAGAGCUUCCACACUAUGCAGAUGAACUGAGAAAGAUCACAUCUUUACCAGUCUUUGAUGCCGUGACGUGUGUGAACUACUUCUUUCAUGCCACAGCAACUCAGAAUUGGAACAACAAAACCUUUUCCCCGCACAAUCCGUCCUUUUGGGCGUCCAACUUUGAUGCAGAGGGCCAUCCCAAAGACAGCAAACGCUGUGCAGCAAACUGCGACAGCUGA